UAUAUGUAUACGUCACAUGCCCGAUGCGAUACGUACAGACGCUUAAUCGUGCUUCAUUGAAUAAACAAUGCACGCAUACUUCAUCAUUCUCUUAACCGGAAGUCCCUGGAACGGGGAAGGACUGAAGGUUCUGUGCGUCAGAAAAGGAAGUCGAUAUCCUCGACGACGAUGUCUACCCACGCUUGUUUAGAAGCGGCCGGCAACCUCAAUAAAAAACAGUACCGUGUUUAGGAUCCCUCACAAAAGUGACCUCAAUCCAGAUUUAACUACAGAUUGAAUCCGCAAUUUUGGGCUGCUGUAUCUUACUCUCAAUAUUAAUAAGGCAAAUAAAUAAGUUGCUGAAAACAUCAGUUUGAACACCACUGCUGUCACUGCUACUUUUAACAGGUGUCGCGCAUUUGUGAGCGUCGUCCGUGUUUGUGUUGCGGCAUUUUUGACUCCACUCGAGAAGGAUAAAAAUACGAGCCUUUAAAGAUGAGUCAAAGAGAAGAAGGCAACAUUAGCAACGACAAGCAGAUUGAAAGCAAUACACAGCACAAUCAUAAUGAAAGAUCUUUGGAGCCUGACAGACAACAACAAUCUCUACUACCAAAGGCGAGUAGUAGUACAGCCAGACAAGUUAGGGAAUAUAUUCCAAGAUCUGGGAUGAAAAAGUAUAAUCAUGCUUUGAGUAAUUUAAUUCCAGUGCGAUACCAAAAUAAGAAAAAGGAGAAUUGGCCAGCAGACAAUGCCGGAUUAUUUUCUUACGUAUAUAUAACAUGGAUGACGCCGUACUUGUGGAAAGCAUAUAAGAAAGGACUUACAAUUAAGGACUUGCCAGACAUUUCUUUAUAUGAUACCUGCGAGUACAAUGCGCUCAGAUUUGAUAUACUCUGGCAACAGGAGUUAAGUCAAAAUGGCCCUAAUGCGGCCUCCUUUUUCAAGGUUGCAUGGAGAUUUGUUCGCACAAGAAUUUUCAUAUCAUUUUUAUUGAGCUGUUCUCUUAUCUUUGGAUUUAUAAGUCCUACGAUAUUAAUGAGAAAGAUACUGGAACAUGUAGAAUCUCCAGAAGAAGGGUUCUGGGAUGGUUUUAAAUGGGUUCUGUUACUGAUGCUGUGUGAUUCUAUGCGUGCUUUCUUUUUUACUUGGACGUGGAAUAUGAAUUAUAAGACUGGAUUACGAUUAAAGUCAGCUUGCAUGGCUUUACUGUAUAAGAAGAUUAUCAGGCUAAAUAGCCUUGGCAAUAAAAGUACAGGAGAAGUAAUCAAUUUAUUCUGUAAUGACAGUCAAAGACUCUUUGAUGUGAUUAUUUAUGGACCAAUGAUCAUCUGUGGACCAAUAGUUCUAACUUGUGGUAUAAUUUAUAUAUUAUGCCUGUUUAAUCCCAUUGCUCUAAUAGGAAUAAUAGCUUUCCUUUCGUUCUAUCCAUGUCAGUACUUUAUUUCCCGCGCGACUGCUCACUUUCGCUCAAAAUCAGUAAAUAUUACGGACGCUCGAGUGCGACUCAUGAGUGAGAUAUUGGAAUGCAUAAAGUUGAUUAAGAUGUAUUCCUGGGAGAAAUAUUUUAGCCAAAAACUUCUUGCCAUACGCAAGAAGGAAGAACGUUGGCUUCACAAGACUGCAUAUUUUCAAAGUCUUAGCAUCUCUCUGACACCUGCUGUACCUAUGAUAUCUGCAAUUAUUACAUUUUUAGCACAUGUUGCCUCGGGCAGUGGAUUAACGGCCGCACAGGCUUUCCCAAUGAUCACAUUAUUCGGAAAUUUGCUUAGACUGGCACUCACAUCACUUAAGGAUACCACGCGAUAUUUUAUCAACGCCCUCAUAGCUCUUAGAAGAUUCAAGGUGUUUCCCUUCGUAUCGGUGCUCAAUGCUCAAAUUCGUACUUCUUUCAUGUUUUUGCAAGUGGCCUUAGUUAAUAUUGCUGCGAUAAAGAUAACUUUUGGCAGAAUAAAGAGCGUAUUGCUGUUGGACGAGAACAUUUGCCACGCGUCGAAACCGAUAGUGAGAUCGCAAGCGGUUGCCAUCGCCAAUGGUACUUUUGUCUGCGACAGCAUAAAGCUUCAAACGGACGCGUCUAUCAACAGCAAGAAAAAGAAGAACUUAUCAUCAUCGAUCACGGAUAAUCCGGCAGAACUGGAAAAUCUAAAUCAAUCACAGGAACCUAAAUACGUCGAGGUUCUCAGCGACAUACACUUUGGAGCGCCCAAGGGGAAACUGGUCGGUAUCUGCGGCCACGUAGGAAGCGGCAAGUCUAGUCUGCUGCUGGCUACUCUGGGACAGUUGAAAAUAACGAAAGGACAUAUCUUACGGGAGGGCUCUUGCGCUUAUGUCAGCCAACAGGCGUGGAUCGUAAAUGGCACCUUUAAGGAGAACAUCUUGUUUGGCGAGGAGUUCGAUACCAAACGUUAUUAUCACACGAUCACGAUCUGCAAUCUGAAGGAGGACCUGAACAUGUUACCCGGCGGAGAUGAUACCGAGAUCGGCGAGAGAGGUGUCAAUCUGUCCGGAGGACAGAAGCAGAGAAUUGCGCUCGCGAGAGCAUAUUACGCUAAUCGGGACAUUUAUUUCCUGGAUGAUCCUCUGAGCGCGGUUGACGCAUACGUCGGCUCGUACAUAUUUGAGAAAUUGAUCGUCGAAGCUCUUGGAAAUAAAUCCGUUCUUUUCGUGACACAUAAUAUUCAGUUUUUGAAGCGUUGUGACGAGAUUUACAUGAUGAACGCGGGCAAGAUCGUGGAGUAUGGAACCCACGAAGAACUCAUGCGACUUGAUAGGGAGUACGCAUCGAUGGUGAAGAGCGGUACGGUUGCAGCGGAAGAUAAUUUAUCAUCUGGGAAGUUUGGGAGAGUGACGCAGAAAAACAUUACUGGUUCAGAAUCGGAAAAAAAAGAAUCUAAAGAAAAUCAUGAGGAAAAUUCAUACAAAGGAACAGCUUUAACAGUGGCGGAAAAAGCUGAAACCGGAGCCGUCAAGUCAUACACUUAUCAUACGUAUAUAGAAGCUACGGGUGGUUAUUUGAUAGCGGCUCUCGUGUUUUUCACAUUCUUCUUGAAUGUAGGAAGUUCAGCAUUUAGUACUUGGUGGCUCGCUGUAUGGAUUAAAGCUGGCGGGGGCAACGUGACUGUGUCAGGAAGUAAUGAUACUAUGUACGUGGAGGAUAUAAAUGCCAAUCCUGACUUCUCAUUUUAUCGUAAUGUUUAUGGCGCGUGCAUCGGCGGCAUCCUAUUGACAGGUUUUAUUCGCGGCUUGGCCAUCACAUUUACCACAAUCAAAGCCUCGACCACGUUGCACAACACGUUUCUACGCAAGAUCAUUGGUUCCUCGUUAAUGUUCUUCGAGACUACUCCGAGCGGCAGAAUACAAAACGUUUUCAGUCGAGAUAUAGACGAAAUUGAUAAUUAUUUACCCAUAUCGAUAGAAAACAUGGUGCAAAAUAUUUUUACCUGUAGUUUCGCUAUUUUAUUUAUUUGCGCCGUAUUGCCUUGGUUCUUGAUAGCGUUAUUUCUGUUCGGCGCGGUAUUCUUUUUUGUUAGCAAAUUGUUCAGAAUAGGUAUGAGGGAUUUGAAGAGAAUGGAGAAUGUCUCACGGUCCCCCGUUUUAAGUUUCGUCACAACGACGAUCCAAGGUUUGAGCACAAUUCACGCAUUUCAGAAGGAGAAAAACUUUUUAUACAGAUUCGAGGAAUUAUUCAACAUAAAUAAUCUGUGUCAGCAUCUGUGCCAAGCCGCGAUGAGAUGGUCUGCAGUGAGAUUGGACAGUUUAGUGAUCGCCUCGUCCUGCAUAACAGGGUUACUCGUGAUCUCAUUUAAAAAUGAGAUAUCGCCAGCCUUUGCUGGUCUAGCGAUGGCAUAUGCCACACAGAUGACUGGUGUCUUUCAAUAUACAGUUAGACUGAUGUCAGAGACUGAAGUGCGCUUUAUAAGUGUAGAAAGGAUUAGUUAUUAUCUUAAAACUUUGCAGAGAGAAGGCGCGAACAAAACGGUUGCUUUUAAACCAGCGGAUGAUUGGCCUUCUCGUGGAAAAAUAGAAUUUAAGGCUGUUCAAUUGAGAUACAGAGAAGAGCUACCGUUCGUACUGAUCGACGUGUCUUUUAGCAUAAAGGCUGGAGAGAAAAUAGGUAUUGUGGGUCGCACAGGAUCCGGUAAGAGUUCCUUGGUCGUAGCUUUAUUCCGAUUGGUUGAGAUUUGCGAGGGUAUCAUCAAGAUCGAUGGUAUUGAUAUCUCGAAAUUGGAAUUGGAUGUGUUACGAAGUAAAUUAUCGAUCAUCCCUCAGGAUCCAGUUUUAUUCAGCGGAACCAUAAGAUCCAAUUUAGAUCCGUUUCAACAACAUGCAGACUGCGACAUUUGGAAUGCUCUUGAAAAGACGCAGAUGAAAGAUAAGGUAUCCCUCAUGCCGAAAAAUCUCGAUGCUUCUGUUGGAUUUGGCGGAAAUAAUUUAAGCGUUGGCGAGAGACAGCUUCUUUGUUUAUCAAGAGCUUUAUUACACAGUACAAAGGUACUGAUCCUAGACGAGGCAACGGCUGCCGUCGAUCCGGAGACUGAAGCGACGGUGCAGAAUACUUUGCAGAACGAAUUUGCGGAUUGUACCGUGCUUACGAUUGCUCAUCGAUUGCAGACAGUCGUCACGUGCAAUCGCAUCCUCGUCAUGAGCGACGGCCUCAUCAUUGCGAACAUAAUUCCUAUUAUGAUGCUGGGGCGGAAGCAGAGCCUCAAGGGGGAACCCGUCCUGGCUGAUUAUGGUCCGGAGGAGUCCCUCAAUGAGAGCGCUGACAUAGAAUGGGUCAACAAGCUAUGGGUGAGAAGAUUGAUGCGAUUUUGCGCCCUGGUUUCAUUAACUUCCGUCUGCUUAAACACGCCAAAAACCUUCGAAAGAGUACCGGCUCUUCAGUAUGUUACCUUUAUUUGCGAUUUGAUAGUCACGUUUCUAUUCACCGCCGAAAUGAUCGCCAAGAUGCACAUACGAGGAAUAUUAAAGAGGGACAAGUCCUAUUUGAAGGAUCACUGGUGCCAAUUCGACGCUAGUAUGGUAAUCUUCCUCUGGUUGUCCGUGAUCCUGCAAAUGUUCGAGAUGCUGGGUUUCCUCGUAAAGUUUAGUUACGCUUCGAUUAUGCGGGCACCACGGCCGCUGAUCAUGAUACGUUUCCUUCGAGUUUUCCUCAAAUUUUCAAUGCCCAAAGCCAGAAUCAAUCAAAUUUUCAAACGCUCGAGUCAGCAGAUCUACAACGUAACGCUUUUCUUAGCGUUCUUCAUGUGCUUAUACGGACUUUUGGGGGUGCAAUUCUUCGGCGAGCUGAAAAAUCAUUGCGUAUUGAACACAACCGACCCGCAUUACAUCACGAUCAAUAGUCUAGCUAUUCCCGACACGUUUUGCUCCACCGAUCCGGAGUCUGGAUAUCAAUGCCCCGAAGGAAUGAUCUGCAUGAAGCUGGAAUUGUCCAAGUAUAUCAUAGGCUUCAAUGGAUUUAACGAUUUUGCCACCAGCCUCUUCACCGUAUAUCAAGCAGCUUCUCAAGAAGGAUGGGUCUUUAUCAUGUAUCGUGCAAUCGACAGUUUACCGGCAUGGCGUGCGGUUCUUUACUUCAGCACGAUGAUAUUCUUUCUAGCUUGGCUGGUGAAGAACGUCUUCAUCGCCGUCAUCACCGAGACCUUCAACGAAAUCCGAGUGCAGUUUCAACAAAUGUGGGGCGUCAGAGGCCACAUUAGCAAUAGUUCAGCAUCCCAGAUUUUGACUGGAGAUGACAAUGGCUGGAAGCUAGUGACGUUAGAUGAGAAUAAGCACGGAGGUCUGGCGUCUCCGACCUGUCAGGCCAUCCUUAGAUCGCCAUAUUUUCGUAUGGUAAUAAUGUGCACAAUCCUAGCGAACGGUAUCACAACCGCAACGAUGAGCUUCAAGCACGACGAAAAACCGAGAAACACUUAUAUAAACUACGAUAAUUAUUAUUGGGCUGAGGUCGUCUUCACGAUACUGUUGGACCUGGAGACGCUCUUCAAGAUAUGGUGCUUGGGAUUUCGGAAUUACUGCAAGCAUUCGAUUCACAAAUUCGAAUUGCUGCUUACCGUUGGCACAACUAUACACAUUUUGCCGGUCUUUUAUCUCUCUGGCUUCACUUUCUUUAAGGUCCUCAGAGUGGUCCGGCUUAUUAAAGCAUCACCGAUGUUGGAGGAUUUUGUCUACAAAAUUUUCGGUCCUGGCAAGAAACUCGGCAGUCUUAUUAUUUUUACCAUGUGCCUGCUGGUGAUAUCUUCGAGCAUUUCCAUGCAACUUUUCUGCUUUCUUUGUGACUUUACCAAGUUUGAAUCUUUUCCCGAGGCAUUUAUGUCGAUGUUCCAAAUUCUUACGCAAGAAGCCUGGGUCGAUGUUAUGGAUGAGACGAUGCUACGAACUCAUGAGGCGAUGGCACCUCUGGUCGCAAUAUAUUUCAUUUUGUAUCAUCUCUUCGUCACCCUGAUUGUAUUGAGUCUUUUCGUUGCUGUGAUCUUGGACAAUCUUGAGCUGGACGAAGACAUAAAGAAAUUAAAACAAUUAAAAUUUCGUGAACAAAGUGCUGAGAUAAAGGAGAGCUUGCCGUUCAGAUUGAGAAUCUUUGAAAAGUUUCCGGAUAGCCCGCAAAUGACGUGUCUUCAUAAAGUACCGUCGGACUUCAAUCUGCCGAAGGUGCGUGAGAGCUUUAUGCGACAGUUUGUGAUCGAAGUAGAUGAUGAAGAGAAUGAAAAUGCUAGAAGAACUAACGAGGCCUUCGAUUCAAAGAUGGUGUAUAGAAAACAACGUCCGGUAAAGAUCUUGAACAAUCCGCCGAAGGUGAGAAAUGUUGUCACUAAUUUGAAGAAAGCAGCUGUCAUUUAUAUCAUAAAUGAUUCCAACAAUCAAAGAUUGCUAUUGGGAGAUUCUGCCAUGAUUCCAGUACCAGGAAAAGGACUUUUAAAACCGCAGGGUACUGUUAGCAGCGCCAAGCAGCUUCGCAUAGACCAGAAAAAAUCAAUCAGAAGAAGCGUCCGAAGUGGAUCGAUCAAGCUCAAACAAACGUACGAGCAUCUUAUGGAAAACGGAGACAUAGGCGGAAUAAACAGAGUUAGUUCAGCACGUAGCAGGCCGCAUGAUUUAGACAUAAAGUUGCUUCAAGCGAAGAGACAACAGGCGGAAAUGCGAAGAAAUCAACGAGAAGAUGAUUUGCGAGAGAAUCAUCCAUUCUUCGACACGCCGUUGUUUGCAGUACCACGCGAGAGUAAAUUCCGAAAGUAUUGCCAGCUUUUUGUCUAUGCGAGAUACGACGCGAAGUUAAAGGAUCCUUUAACGGGAAAGGAGAGGAAAGUGCAGUACAAGAGCUUGCACAAUUUCCUUGGUUUAGUGACCUAUCUCGACUGGGUGAUGAUAUUCAUCACGACGUUGUCAUGCAUCUCAAUGAUGUUUGAGACGCCCCGAUACCGUGUGAUGCAGGAGCCAGGGUUGCAGAUCACUGAAUACUGCUUCGUUAUCUGUAUGAGCAUUGAAUUAACGCUCAAGAUUUUGGCGGAUGGUCUGUUCUUCACACCCAAGGCCUACAUCAAGGAUGUCGCCUCUGUAUUAGAUGUUUUCAUUUACAUUGUGAGUCUUGUGUUCUUAUGCUGGAUGCCGAAGAGUGUGCCACCGAAUUCUGGAGCGCAACUGCUGAUGAUAUUACGAUGCGUGAGGCCAUUAAGAAUCUUUACUCUUGUACCACACAUGAGAAAGGUCGUUUACGAGCUUUGCAGGGGAUUCAAAGAAAUUCUGUUGGUAUCGACAUUGUUGAUCCUGUUAAUGUUUGUAUUCGCGAGCUACGGUGUACAGCUGUACGGCGGUCGAUUAGCGAGAUGUAAUGAUCCCACUAUCUUGAAGCGCGAGAAUUGCGUCGGUGUGUUCAUGAGAAGAGUGUUUGUGACGAAAAUGAAGCUACGACCAGGAAAGAACGAGAGUUAUCCGUCCAUUUUAGUACCACGCGUUUGGGCUAAUCCUAAACGGUUUAACUUUGAUAACAUCGGCGAUGCGAUGCUGGCUUUGUUCGAAGUACUUUCUUUUAAAGGCUGGCUCGAUGUGCGAGAUGUUCUUAUUAAAGCUCUCGGUCCCAUUCACGCGAUCUACAUACACAUUUAUAUCUUCCUCGGUUGUAUGAUCGGUUUAACGCUGUUCGUGGGUGUCGUGAUCGCGAAUUACUCUGAGAAUAAAGGCACCGCUUUGCUCACGGUCGAUCAGAGACGAUGGUGUGACUUGAAGAAACGUUUAAAAAUCGCCCAGCCGUUGCACUUACCGCCGAGACCGGACGGCAAGAAGUUCCGAGCUUUUAUCUAUGACAUUACGCAGAACAUAUAUUUCAAACGCUUCAUCGCGAUUAUGGUGAUCCUAAAUAGUGCUCUGCUGUGUGUCUCUUGGAGAAUCGAGAAAGAACACACGGAACCCCUGGCUACGGUCUCCACGAUUCUGACACUGGUCUUCCUCGUGGAAGUAAUCAUGAAAAACAUUGCUUUUACACCACGUGGCUAUUGGCAGUCCAGAAGAAACAGAUAUGAUUUGCUCGUGACAGUCGUGGGCGUUAUCUGGAUCAUCAUUCAUUGCACAAUGAAGAAUGAUCUAUCCUACGUGAUCGGAUUUAUGGUUGUGAUCCUCAGAUUUUUCACCAUCACCGGCAAACACACGACUCUCAAGAUGCUGAUGUUGACAGUCGGUGUGUCAGUUUGCAAGAGCUUCUUCAUCAUAUUCGGCAUGUUUCUCCUUGUCUUCUUUUACGCGUUAGCCGGCACGAUAAUUUUUGGUACCGUCAAGUACGGAGAAGGUAUAGGAAGACGUGCCAAUUUCGAAUCACCGGUCACCGGCGUGGCGAUGCUUUUUCGUAUAGUGACGGGAGAGGAUUGGAACAAAAUUAUGCACGACUGUAUGAUACAGCCACCCUAUUGCACACCGGCGGAUAAUUAUUGGGAAACGGACUGCGGCAAUUUCCACGCCUCUCUCAUUUAUUUUUGCACCUUCUAUGUCAUUAUUACUUAUAUCGUCUUGAAUCUUCUAGUGGCUAUUAUCAUGGAGAACUUCUCUUUAUUUUAUUCGAAUGAAGAAGACGCGUUAUUAUCGUACGCUGACAUAAGAAACUUCCAGAACACGUGGAAUGUCGUUGAUAAUCAUCAGAAAGGUGUUAUACCGGUGAAGCGGGUGAAGUUUAUCUUGCGGUUGUUGAAGGGUAGAUUAGAAACCGAUCCGCAGAAGGAUCGUCUGCUCUUCAAGUACAUGUGCUACGAACUGGAGCGAUUACACAAUGGUGAGGAUGUCACCUUUCACGACGUCAUUAAUAUGUUAUCGUAUCGUUCAGUGGACAUAAGAAAAGCGCUUCAACUAGAGGAAUUACUCGCACGAGAAGAGUUCGAAUACAUAAUUGAGGAGGAAGUAGCCAAGCAAACUAUUAGAACCUGGUUGCAGGGCUGUUUGAAAAAGAUACGAGGGAAGCAACAAAACAGUCUCAUCGCCGGACUUCGUGCUACGAAUAAUGCGGCUGCGAUACCUCAAGAUCAGGAGAAAAGCAAGGAAGAAAAAGGCAAGGAAAUUAGCGUCGAUCGUGAGGAAGAAACUGAGACGAAGGAUGUCGAAGCACCGAAACAUAGAGCUAAGAAGCCCGUAGUACUACCAAGAUCGGACAGUAUAGGAAGUGCUUCGGGAAGAAAAUAUUUGGCUCCGACGUUGUCGGAUCCCGCAUCCGUUCGAUCUGAGAAAGAUAAGAUUGCGGUAGCGAAGAAGAGAAACAGCAGACCGCCAUCGAUGGUGAAAAAUAAUUUACCCCAUCUAACGGAAAAUACGGAACAAAGCAGGCAACAAAGGGAAACGUUGACCAACAAGACAACCGCGUCUAAAGUUUCCAGUGUCCAGUUGGAAGUUCGAGAAUGGUGGAAGGAGCAAUUAGCUUAUAGCAGCGAGUCGAGCGAGGACGAGGUUUAAAUUUUGCAAGACGAAAAAUUACGAUUAGAAGAUAAAUGGUUAUAAUCAGAAGCGGACUGUAAAGCAAAGAUAUUUUUAGCAGUGAAAAAAAAACGAAUUCUUUCUCUUUUCUCGCUUACACAAGCCUAAAUAUUUUGCGUCGAGUAAGGGAAAAGAAAUCCGAGAAAGAAAAUGUGGUAUGUGCCUAUAUAUAUAAUAAUUUUAAUAUUGCUUGAAACUGAUUUCAAAAAACUUUAACGUGUUGAGCUUCGAUCAGAAUUGACCAUUUCUAAUGCUAAGAGCUGUUACGUUAAUAUUUUCCUACGUCAAAGAACAGUUCGUACGCCUUCUGUAUUUUUCGUUGCUUAUUGAAGCUCAUCAUGUUAAAGGAAUCGAUUUCCUAACGAAAGAGAAAAUUGUAAUCGAGAUUAUACAUGCUCAUUUCAUAUCGAAUGUCGGGGCAUUAUAUGUGUGCGUGCGUGUCUGUAUGUGUAUGUGUGUGUGAAAGAAAUUGUCCAUAAGAAAAAUUAUUUAAAUCCAUUGAUAUGUUGAAAAUUUCGAUGUGUAGAGAAUUUUCUGUGCGAUGUUCAUUCAUUAUCGAUCAUGUUAUCGGACACAACAUUUCGAAGGUAAUUGUAUAGUGAAUUUUAUACGAUAUACAAAGUUAAUUCAUUGUGCGAAUAAUAGUUGGAUAGUGUUGUUAAGGGCAACUGUGAGUACAAUUAGCGCAAGAUGCAAUUCGUCGUAGAUACUUUUGUCACGAAGAUGGUCCCGAUUCUCUGUGAAAAUAAUAGAAUUAUCGUGGAUUGUCGAUUCUUUCCUCCUUACAACAAGAAUACGUCCUGAGAGAGGGCCUCUUGUAUUGUAAAAUAGAGAGAUCUACGCGAAUUGAUUGAUUUAAUAUCGGCGGUUGUAAAGUGUUAGCACUUGAUGUUGAUGUUAUAUCUGUUACAAUUAGCAGUAAUGCUGUUACGGGUGAUGCUUUAAAGUAAAGUAAAACAACAGUCGCGCAGGAAAGAGUUACUUGGCCAAAGAGGUAACUUAUUUUCAAACGAGAUUGUGUUGGCUACACGUUGUGCAUGUUGAACAUAGGAAAGAAUUGGAGCAUUUAUAGAUAUAUAAAUAUAUAAUAUUAUAUUAUAUAUAAUAUUAUAU